AUGGGCAACGGAGCGAAAGCGCAGCAGAAGCGUGAGCGCAACGCAAAGGAUGGAAAGGGCGUCGCAAAGUCGCAACUGAAGACGAAUGUCCAGGCCAUGGACAUUCAGUGCGUCAUUUGCAAGUCGACCUUCUUGAAGACGACUCGCGCUCCCCAACUCACAGAGCACGCUGCCAACAAGCACAGCAAAGCGCUUCCCGACUGCUUCCCCUCCUACGAGGUCAAAUAG